CAGAUCAUCUUCUAUGAGGACAGGAACUUUCAGGGUCGACACCAUGAGUGCAGUAGUGACUGUGCAGACCUGCACCCCUAUUUUACCCAAUGCAACUCCAUCAGGGUAGAGAGUGGGUGCUUCAUGGUGUAUGAUCACCCAAAUUAUAUGGGACAGCAGUACUUCCUGCGUAAGGGCGAGUAUUCUGACUGUCAGCAUAUGAUUGGCUUCAGUAACUGUAUCAGAUCAUGCCGGAUGAUCCCCAUGGUAAGUGAUUUUUGGGAAUUAGCAAAGAAACAUUGUUUAAAAAACAGCCAUGCACUAGUUCAUCAGAUCAAAGUAAUAACAUAUAAUAGUAAUAUAAUAUAUUUUGAAAUAAUAAAUGUGUUGCAAUGUUUCUUGCAGUAUACUGGUAACUACAGAAUGAGGCUAUAUGACCGGGCUGAUAUGGGAGGUCAGAUGAUAGAACUCACGGAAGACUGCCCUAACAUCAUGGACCGCUUCCAUACAUCUGACAUCCACUCCUGUCAUGUGAUGGAUGGUCACUGGCUUCUGUAUGAGCAGCCCAACUACAGGGGACGAAUGUACUACCUUGGACCAGGUGAAUACAGGAAGUACAGCGACUGGGGAGGAACGGCCCCAAGAAUCGGGUCCCUCAGGAGAAUAGCCUCUUUCAACUAGACAACAUAAACUGUGCAGUAAUAUAUGCACUAAAUAAAAUCUCUUGACUGAAACAUUU